CAGCUGAACACUGCUGAAUGGAUCUCACGUGACUGGGGAACCGUGUACAAGCCAGGCUGGCUUAGCCAGCCAACUUUCUACGAAUGCUUAACGCGUAACGACUGACUGGGUUACCAGCGGACGCGUUUGAUAUUAUCGCAGCCCUAUGCUUCCCUCACCAGUCUCAUCCAACCGACGAGGAACCUCCCAGCACCUCCGCACAUUCUCCUCGUCCGACCUCAGACGGGCUCUCAGCCUCCUACGUUCGCGAUCAAGGUUCACGAACCUAAGCAUCAUCAUUCUCGCAGGAUGCUUCUGCGUUUCAUUCUUAUAUAACCUCGCUUUUAUAUUUUCCUCUUUUCCGCCUUCACUGGUAACUUACACGCCCCCUCAGAGCAUCCUCUCGACCAUAGCUCGUAAUACAACUCUAGAAAACCUCUCUCAUCUCGUCAUUGUUCCAGGUCACGCAAUUUGGACUGGUACGCAGCCUGAUCAGGUGUUAGAUGCAGGUCAGUGGACGUUAGAGGAAUAUCAGAGAGGGGGAGGUAGUUACAGGAUUUCUGCGUUCGUAGAACACAUCAGACGAGGAGUAGAAAUAACGCUCAAAGAUGAUUCAUCCUUACUCAUUUUCAGCGGUGGUCAAACUAGACUGCAGUCGACCACGACAGAAGCAGAAUCUUACAUGCGUUUAGCAAUAAGUCUAGGGCUUUUUCACCCCGACUCAAAACAACCAUCCCACGCGCCCCAUUUCCCUCGUGCGACAACAGAGACCUACGCUCUUGAUUCAUACCAAAACUUUUUAUUCUCGCUGGCUCGUUUUCACGAAAUAACAGGCCGGUAUCCCCUACAGGUCACCAUCGUCGGCUACGACAUGAAGCGCCGUCGUUUCGAAGAGCUUCACCGCACAGCCCUUCGAUUCCCUGCUAAUCAUUUUGAAUACAUCGGAAUCGAGCCUUCCGCUAACGAGGAGUCAGCUCGUAUCGGCGAAGUAAGCACCUUUGUCUUCCUCAGCGGUUUUAUGCUGUGUUCAACUGGAAUCCAGGUUAAGAAUGGAUACGCUCCGUAUCAACUCGAUUUGUAUGGUUGCCACGAUUUUUUGCUCGCCAAGCGACGGGCGCGGAACCCGUUUCUACGAUUUCAUUCCUAUCAUGCAUCGGCACCGGAGUUGAGGGGGUUGUUGGAGUGGUGUCCUGAUGAUGCGGGGAUGGUGUAUAACGGGCCGUUACCUUGGGACGUUUAUGAAUGAGAUGUUUGGACUUCGAAAGACCGGGUCUCUUGCGAGAAUUGCUAAUUGGCUCGCGAGCGAAAUUUUCGUUGGAACGUCCUCGGCAGGGCAAUGCUGAACAACGAUACUUUGAUUCCUAUGUGAAUAUUCGUUUGAGGCGGCUGCGAAUGCAGGAACUUCAACGAUCAAAAGAUGACUGUGCAUCGCUUUUGCGGACUCGACCACUGUGAGUAUGGUGGUGCUUUGAAUAUCUCUGAACUGGAAAUAGUCGCAUGGAUUAGCCCACAAUAAUUUUCAGCCAAGCUUAGACAUCGCAGUUUUCUCUCCUAGUCAC